AUUGAUAACGAUGAUGAUACAAUUAUUAUUCUUAAUUCCUUUGUUCACUAUUCUUCAUUGCGCAUCAACACAAUUAGAAGAGAGAAUUGUAGGAGGAAAACUUGCCUGUCCAGGCGAAAUCCCAUAUCAGAUUUCUUUGCAAUUUGGUAGUAAAUAUUUAUGCGGUGGAGUUAUAAUUGACAAGUGUCACGUGCUAACAGCUGCUCACUGUGUAUUUGGUUUGAACAUUUCGCUCUUUUCGGUUAAUGUGGGAGCAACAGAUGUACGAAAACCACAUUCAAAGCAUCAAGUCCAAUCCAUUUAUAUACAUGAAAAAUACAAUCCCUUUACGUCACCUGUGAGCAUGCACGAUAUCGCUUUAAUCAAGCUUCAAUCGCCAUUGAAAUUUUCUUAUCUGGUCUCUUCUGUCAAUUUACCGGAACAAAAUCAAACUGUGGAGGCAGGCUCGGUAGCAGUAGUAUCGGGAUACGGUAUGAUAUCCCCUGAAGGAAACGUAACCACAUGGUUGUAUGUUGUAGACAAUAUCAUAACUAAUGAGACUUAUUGUAGAGAAACGUAUGAAAAUGAAUUUAAUGUAAGCAUAGACUAUAAUACGCAAAUCUGCGCAAAUCAUCCAACCAUACAAAAAGGAUCAUGCGCGGGUGAUUCUGGUGGCCCUCUUACUGUCAAUGGAGAACUUAUAGGACUCGUUUCGUUUGGGGUUGGGAUUUGCACUAACGUAAAAUAUCCCGACAUAUAUACACGUGUCCCAUCGUACAUCGAUUGGAUAAAUGACCAUAUGGAUAAAAGAUAUAUUUAACAAUAUAGCAUUUGACACUCCAUGACAAAUAAA